UAUCAAAUCAAUCAUUCUUUGCAAAUACGUGAAACACGUAUCAAGCGUGUUGUGAGAAAUGGCCAAUUUAGCUACCAAAAUGGGUAUGAGUGGUCUUCGAAUUGGCGGACGUGUAGCGGCUCGUCAUGUGGGUAAGAAAGCUGCUAAAGAGAUUGCAAAGGAAGCAGCAAUACAAGCUGCUAAAAAAGGGAAAAAACAAGUCUCCAGAAAAGUAGUAAAGCAUGCCUCUAAACAAAGUGGAAGAGCUUUGAAAAAAACAGAUAAAGAAGAAACAAUAUCGUCUUCGAAAGGUAGUGCUGAGAAUUCGAUGCAAAUGAAACUAAAAACAACUAAGAGACAAAACAAAUUUGAAGGCAGUCAACCUAAAACUGAAAAUAGCGAGAACACUUUAAUAAAAUUGUCUAAAGUAAAACCGAAACAAUCUAAGUGUGAUGAAAAUCUCGAAUACCAUUAUUCUACAAGAAAUGAUACAACUAUUAAGAACCCAUUAUCUUUUGUCGCCAAGUCUAAAACGACAAAACCUAAACUCAAAAUUCCCACUAAUUCAGUAUUAAGCGUUGAACCAGGUAUACAAAUUGAAAAUACGCAGACACCUGCACCCAUCACAAGACGUUCUGCCUCUCCAGAAAACCAUUUCAAAGAUAUUUCAACGACGUCAGCAGAGAGAUUUUUAGAACGAAAGCACUUACAACCAAAAUUAGACUUGGAAACACCAUCAUUACAUAUUCGAAAGGCGCCAAAAAGUUCCCUUGAUUUCAGAACAGUUUCUUAUGAUAGUGAAACUGAACAACCUAUUCAGCCGUCAAGACAACCAGAACUUAUAAAGGUUAUAGAUAACAACUCUUUGGAUCGACAGAAUCUUAAACAGUAUCUUCAUCAUGAAUUGCUUAAAAGUGAAGCUCUCAAAGAAGUAGGAGAUACUGAAUUUAAUUUAAUGCUACUACGUUUGGCAAAAUAUUUGCUUAUGGAUGUGGGCGAAACGAAGGAUGGUAAACAGGAUUGUAAAAAGAAAAAUGAAACUUCUGAAUGGCUGGAAGCUUUAAAAAUCAUUCUCGAUUCAAAUGCGCUUUGUAAAAACAGAAGAAAUGAUAAGAAGCAGAAAAAGCAGGAAUACGGUGAUAAUUUAAAAUGUAACUGUUCAUGUUCUUCUACAUUUCUUAAAGACCAUAGUAAAGAUGUUUUGAGUAAUGAGGAUUAUAGUAAGGCUGAUGAACCAGUAAAAGAAAAUGAAUAUCAUGAACUUGUGGAUAAAAUGAAAAAGUUCAAAAAUGAUGCUGCAGUUUCUCAAAUAGCCUCGUCAUCAUCAACCUAUGGGUCACAGACAUCGAGUUCAACUAAUUUAUCAGAGAGAUGUAGGAACAUUCAUCGUUUAAGGUAUAUAAUAGGUCUUUUGGAUAAUUGUCCUCCGUCAUGUUAUGAAGAAAAGACCAUUAAAAAACGAGCUAGACACAUGGAUUGUAGAAGAACAAAACUCUCAAAAGUACCAUCAAAAUUGAAUCGUAGUGACAAACAUGCAGUCAUUCAGAGUCAACCAAAUACUUGUUCGUUAACGACAAACUUGUGGUGUCCAACGACCCCAGUACCAUGUUACUUAGCUCAGAUGCCAUCUAUAUAUGAAGAGCCAACAGUUAUCUCAAACAUUCUAAUCGACCCAGAUUAUUCUUACUUUGAUGAAAUCUACUGGUGA